GUCGGCGGGAAACAGCUGCCGGAUGAGGAGGCGAUUUGGCGCAAAUUGUGUUUCAGUUGUGUUCAGUUGAGUUCAGCGACCAGACGGAGAGACGAGCAGCUGCAGAGAAACUUCUUCUUCUUCUUCUCCUCCUUCUUCUUCUCCUUCUUCACCGCUGGAACGCAGGAUGCCGAGCACUCGCUCUCAGGCGACGCUGGCGUUCCCCCGACGAAAGUCCUGCAGAGUUUCCUCUCAGGCCCAGAAGUCUCCUCCGGACUCGUCGCCCACCGAGCCCGAGCCUCGGCCCCUCGCCGACGCCCUGACCCGGAUCGGACCGCUCUCCCCUCUGUCGCCACGACGACCACCACCGCCAUCCUCCUCCCCCGGCCUCCAGCCACGGAUUCCCCUCAGCCCCCGGAAACGUACAGGCGACGACAACGGCUGUAACCUCGGCGCCGGCCUGCUGGGCUCGCCGCCGAAGCAGAGCAAGCCGUCGCCGCGGAAACUGGCCUUGGAUGAAAACUCGCCGGCGACAGCUCGCCGACGCUUGGUCCCGUCCUCGCCACGUCGCCAACCGCUCUCUCCCGCCACCGCGCCGUCCCCGAGGCGACAGGAGACGCCAGCCGGAAGUCCAGCUCGCCAGGACAAGAAGCCGCCCGUCGCCCGGCUGUUCGCAGAGAGGUCCAGGUUCCAGAGCGUGAAGCGGGCGCUGCACACCGCCGUCCCCGAGCGGCUGCUGUCCCGGGACACCGAGCGCUCGGCCAUCCGCUCGUUCCUGGAGGCCACGGCGCUGCGGCGACGUCCCGGCAGCCUCUACAUCUCCGGGGCGCCGGGAACCGGCAAGACGGCGUGUCUGAACUGCGUCCUGCAGGAGAUGGAGGCGGAGCUGUCGUCGGUGCAGACGCUGGUGGUGAACUGUAUGAGUCUGCGGAGCUCCCACGCCAUCUUCCCGCUGCUGGCCGACAAGCUGAGGGCGUCUGGCGGGCAGAGCGGCGUGCAGAGGCUCCUGACGGCCCCGGGGCCCGCUGUGCUCCUGGUUCUGGACGAGAUGGACCAGCUGGACAGUAAAGCGCAGGACGUCCUCUACACCAUCUUCGAGUGGCCGCACCUGCCCGAGUCGCGCCUCUGCCUCGUCGGUAUCGCCAACGCCCUGGAUCUGACGGACCGGAUCCUGCCCCGGCUUCAGUCUCGGCCUCGCUGUCGCCCCCAGCUGUUGCACUUCCCUCCCUACAGCCGCCAGGAGCUCGCCGCCAUCGUGCAGGACCGACUCGCGCAGGCGUCGGCCGACGGGAUCCUCGACGCCUCGGCGGUUCAGUUCUGCGCCAGGAAAGUGUCGGCGGUGUCGGGAGACGCCAGGAAAGCGCUGGACAUCUGCAGGAGAGCGGUCGAGGUCGUGGAGUCGGACGAGCGAAAGAAAGAAGCCGGUUCGGACGCAGACACCAAAGCGUCCCGGGUCAGCCUCCCCCAGGUGGCCCAGGUGCUGUCGGAGGUGUACGGCGACCGGAUGGCGUCCCAGGGCGGCGGCUCGGACGGAGAGAGCUUCCCUCUGCAGCAGAAGCUGCUCGUCUGCUGCCUCCUGCUGCUCAUUCGCAACGGGAAGAGCAAAGAGGUCGUCCUCGGGAAGCUGCACGAGGUCUACAGUCGCCUGUGCGCCCGGCGGCAGGUGUCGGCCGUCGCUCAGGGCGAGUGUCUGUCGCUGUGCGGUCUGCUGGAGAGUCGCGGCGUCUUCGCCCUGAAGAAGGCCAAAGAGGCUCGACUCACCAAGGUGUUUCUGAAGAUCGAGGAGGACGACGUUGAAAACGCUCUGAAGGAUCGAACGCUGCUCGGCAGCAUCCUGUCCGCAGGCCUCCCCUCCUGAUCCGAUGCCUCUGAUCCUCCUCCUCUCUGGAUUAUUGUUCUAAUAUUCUCAUUUUUGCUGGGAAUUUGUACAUUAAUGUGCAAAUGUUUUUUUUUUAUUUUUUAUCUUUCUUUUUUUUGAAGCUGGUUCUGUUUGAUGCUCAGUGUCUGAGCUCCGCCGCCAACGUUCAGUUUGUUUCCGUUGAGAUUUGAAACGUUUCCAUUUUUAAAAAUCUGUAAAUAAACAAAUGUACAGACUUUUUUUAUUAAAACCAACUCCUCAUUG